UAUGAAUUAAAUAGUGUAAGCAAAACCAAAAUUUUAUGCGGAUUUUAAUAAGAAUCAACCAAAAGAGUAUUGGGAUUAUGAUAAUUUUGAAAAUGAAUGGGGUGUAAGACUUUUAUUAAUGUUAGGAUAAUGACUAAUAUGAAAUUGCAAGAAAAAUUGGAAGAGGCAAAUAUUCUGAUGUUUAUGAAGGGAUUAGAUAUCCAUAAAAUUAGAGAGUAGUAAUUAAAGUGUUGAAACCAGUUAAAAAAAGAAAAAUAAAAAGAGAGACAAAAAUUCUGCUUUCAUUAAAAGGACACCCAAACAUUAUAGAGUUAAGUGAUAUAGUAAAAGACCCAGCAUCAAAAACUCCUUGUUUAGUUUUUGAUUAUAUAGAUCAUGUUGAUUUUAGAAGCAUCUUUCCAAAACUCACUGAUUUAGAGAUUCGAUUUUAUCUAUAUGAAUUAAUGAAAGCUUUAGAUUUUUGUCAUUCUAGAGGGAUUAUGCAUAGAGAUGUUAAGCCUUAGAAUAUUAUAGUGAAUCCAUAAAAAAAGUUAUUGAAAUUACUUGAUUUUGGUUUAGCAGAAUAUUAUCAUAUGGGACAAGAUUAUAAUGUCAGAGUAGCAUCUCGAUAUUUUAAAGGUCCUGAAUUAUUAGUUGAUAAUGUUUAUUAUGAUUAUUCAUUGGAUAUUUGGAGUAGUGGAGCCAUGCUUGCAUCAAUGGUUAUUAUAUAUAUAAGAUUAUAUUUGUAGAUUUUUAAGAAGGAGCCAUUCUUUUAAGGAAAUGAUAAUUAUGACUAAUUAAUAGUCAUAGCAAAAGUGUUAGGGACUGAAGAUUUAUUAACUUACGUUAAGAAGUACAGAUUGAAAUUAGAUCCAGUAUUUGAUAAUAAAUUGGGAAAGUAAAAUUUAAAUUUGAACCUUAGUUAUCCAAAAAGAGAAUGGUCAAAGUUUAUCAAUCAAGAGAAUAAACAUUUAUGUUCGGAAGAGGCAAUUGAUUUAUUAUCCAAAAUGUUAUUGUAUGAUCAUGUAAAUCUAAUUAAAUAUUAAAAAAUAGGCACUAAGAAUUACUCCUAAAGAAGCCUUAGAUCAUCCAUAUUUCUUACCUGUUAGAGAUUAGAAAAAAUGAAA